UGUCACUUGUAACUGACCCUUUUCAAGGGAAGUGCUCCUAGGAGUGGCUAAAGCAGCAGAAAUGCAAACGUUAACGUUUGUUUUCAGUUUUUAUUUUUCACUUUCAACUGCUUUUUAUUUUCACGUAGGGGAACGAGAGGAGAAAUGCAUAAUAGAAGACAUUCCAAGCGACACACUGAUAACAGGGACUUUCAAGAUACAGCAGUGGGACAUACACAGACAAGAUUUCCUUGAAUCUGCUCCUGGCUUGGGAAUGUUUGUGACUGUUACAACUUACAAUGAUGAGGUAUUACUGUCCAAGUUAUAUGGCCCACAAGGAAGGUUCUACUUUACUUCACAUUCACCUGGCGAACACAUCAUUUGCUUGGAAUCUAAUUCUACGAGACUUGUGUCAUUUGGUGGGAGUAAGCUGCGGAUCCACUUAGAGAUUCGAGUUGGACAACACGACCUUGAUGCAGCCAUUGCUCAAGCAAAGGACAAAGUUAAUGAAGUUAGCUUUAAGUUGGAACACCUAAUUGAGCAAAUUGAGCAAAUAGUCAAAGAACAAAACUAUCAAAGGGACCGUGAAGAAAAUUUUCGAAUGAUCAGUGAAGAUACAAAUGGCAAUGUUUUAUGGUGGGCUUUUGCACAAACAUUAAUCUUUAUCUCAAUUGGAAUUUUCCAAAUGAAAUACCUUAAAGACUUCUUUAUAGCUAAGAAACUCGUUUAAAAUGUUAAUAAAGGCAACUACCUGCUAAUCUGCAUAAUAUUUGAAUUAAUCAAUCAAAAUACAUCAUAACCAUGUAAUUUUAUGAUUUCAAAGAUGAUCAGAGAUUGAAAUUAAUAUUAUACUGACAAAAUAUUACUUUAACUAUGUGGCCUUUGAGCUUGAUAGAAUAAGCUCAUCAUCUGGUUAUUUUAACUCUGUAUAUAGAUCAGCACUGUCCCAUACAAAUAAAAUGUAAGCUACAUAUAUAA